AGACAGGCAGGAGCAUGGAGGCCUCAGUCACCGCCUCGCACUCGCCUUCCCUAUAAGCUCCCCCCAGUGUCGGGCGGCCUAGCGCCUCCUGUCUACAGCCGGACCCACAGCCCUAGGCAGGCCUCCCCGGGCCCCACAGAUGUGAGAGAGGACAGAAGCCAAGUGAAGCUGCCCAUAUGUUUCCCCUUCAGCAGCAAUGAACAUUCCCUAUUGUUGAAGGAAAGAGAGAGGAUCCUUGCUAGUUUCCCAGAACUCACUUUCUCUGAGAGGAGGAGCGGAAAGAAUGUCGGAGAGAGCCGAGGAUGACGUCACAGGGGAGCAGCAGCAGCGCAGAGCGGCGGUCAGGCAACAGCAGCGGCGGCAGCAGCAGGGAGAGAGCUCAGCGGCAACUAUGGCGGCCGGAGGGGAUCGCACGUCCCUGCCCAGUCCCGGGGCCAUGCUGGGGCAGCCGUGGGCUCACUGGGUCGACACUGUGAAACUGAACGGGCUGGAAGAACUGGAGGAAAGUUGGAAGGAGUGCGAUAAAAAACGGGAAGCCAUGCGACUGAGCAAAGAAGAUAUGGCAAUAUUUGGCCUGUGCCCGGCCUACGAUGAGUUCUAUCUGGUGAUGUGCAGCCACUGUAAUCAGGCCAUAAAGCCACAGGCAUUUCAAUCUCAUUAUGAAAGAAGACACAGCUCCAUAAACAAAACGCCUGUGACACCGCCAUCCUCCUCGAUGAACUCCCUGUAUUCCACUGUGUCUUCGAAAACGAAACCAAGCGGCGGCGGUUGCAGUAUCACGCGCCCGCCCGCUAGAAGUAGUGCCUCGUCCAACUCCAAGCUGAUGAAAUCUCCCAAAGACAAGCUGCAGAUCGGGGGAAGCAACCGAUCAAUGCACCCCGUGCAACACAGCAAAGCCCCCCAGGAAAAAACAAUGACACCAUCUGUGAAAGUGGAAAAGAUUCAUCCGAACCCAAAGAUCGAUGGGAUGUUAAAAUCUACUGCUGGUCCUGCCUGUUCUUCUACUGUGAGCUCUUCAAUAAAGACUGGCCUUAAUUGUCCAUCAAUACCAAAGCCACCCUUGCCUUCCCCUGGACACAUACCAAAUGGUAAAGGCAUUCUCUCCACCACGCCGUUUUCCGAAAAGAAACCCGAUGACACGAACAACAGGAAAUAUUUACACAAGAGAUUGUCAGAUCGAGAGUUUGACCCUGAUAUACACUGUGGUGUUGUCGAUGUAGAAACCAAGAAGCCCUGCACUAGAUCCUUGACAUGCAAGACACAUUCCUUAGGCUACCGGAGAGCAGUACAAGGGCGCAAGAAGCGUUUCGACGUGUUGUUAGCAGAGCACAAAAACAAGACGAGGGAAAAGGAAUUGCUUCGUCAUUCUGAACAUCAGCAGCAGGCGCCUGCGCUCAGGGAACCGCAUCCCUUACCUUCAAAAUCUUCCCAGGAACUGCACCAAAACUCUCAUGGACUUACUUCUCCAGAAGCAAAGCCUUCAAUAACCAAUAAGGCCAAGCCUCAUAACUCCAGUCUUCCAAGGCCUUCAGUCUACCCGGCAACGCACAGUGGAAAUGCCCCCAGUGACUCCCCGUCUCUACACGAAUCCCCCCAACCGGUAGUUUCUGCUGCUGAGCCCACCUGUCGCUUAUCUAGUGACGAGGGUGAGGGGGAUGAGAAGGAGGAGUCUGCUGAAAAACUGGACUGUCAUUAUUCUGAUCACCACCCUCGACCAGCAGCUUAUUGCACAUUUGGUAGCCGCCAGAUUGGAAGAGGAUAUUACGUGUUCGACAAGCGGUGGGACCACAUCCGAUGUGCACUCAACUUGAUGGUGGACAAGCAUCUUAAUUCACAAAUGUGGAGGAAAAUCCCUCCGGCAUCCAGCAAUUUGUCACAUCGGAGCAGCACAAAUGCAACGUCUGUGUCUCAUGGCGUCACUGGAUUCCUGUCGCCAAGCACCAUGACCUCUCCCUCUGUGACUGCCGCCUCUCCCUGUGCGUCCCUCGACAAAGUCUCGUCACACGGAACUACACUAAACGCUCAUCCUGUGGGGGCCAGCGACUCCGCCAGCAGUAUGCAAUCCAGACAAGUGUCUUCUUCACCAUCCACGCCGUCAGUGCUUUCCCCUGUACCUUCCCCCCAUUCCAACAAGCCUCAAAAAUUAAAGACUCCCAAGUCCCUCAAGCCUAAAGAAACCCCAGCCAGCAGCACAAACUGCAGCAGCAGCAGCAUCGGUGGUGGCUCAGGAAAGAAACGGAAAACUAGCUCCCCACCCCAGCUGCUAGCGCACCCCCCUCAUUCCACAGAGUCUGUAAGGAAAAACUGUGCACUCAACUCUGGGACCCACCACUCUCCCACCACCAAUUCGUCCCAAGGCCUGAAUUUUGUGAACAGUAAAUGUAACUCUGUCAGUCUUAAACAUGACCAAUCAGGGAGGGGUCCUCCGACGGGGAACUCUGCGGAAUCCAUUAAGAGGAUGAGCGUGGUCAUGAACAGCAGUGACUCCACACUGUCAUUAGGGCCAUUCGUUCAUCAGGCUGGCGAGCAAACUGUCAACUCACAAAACAGCUUCUCCCACUCGCACGCUUCCCUGGACAAACUCAUGGGGAAGAAGCGGAGAUGCUCGGCCGGCACCAGCAGCAUCACCAAUAACACCAGUAAAUCCAAUAAGGUUGCCAAACUGCCACCUGUGAACAACGUUCACGCGAAACACAACAAUGUCAUAGCAGGGACACAGGCGCUGACCAAUAAUUCGCUCCGGCAUCAGCCAAAGGCACGUCCCUGACAGCUGGUUCCGCUCUCGUGAGAAAAACAAACUGGACAGCUUUUACUACAAUCAAAAUCCUCCAGCUGGCUCCCCCCGGGACCCCCAAGAUGCCUUUGAGUUCUCUCAACCUUUCUUUUCUUUUCCACGGUCCUCAGGAGCGGCAGUUUUGUGAACUCUUAUCAGCUGAAACUAGGAAUUUCCCGAAGCCAUGUCUGUAGCAGAGAAUGCGAAACCCCACGGACUCUCCAAUGUUCGGUCCCACCCCCGCUUCUAUCAGUGUUACGUGGACUGACCCGCGACCCACCAGAUUUCAUUUGCAUUAAGAGUCACAAGCUUCUUGUAUUUUUUUUUAUUCUGCAUUUGGGCUGGCAAAAAGGAAACAUAAAUCACUUUUGUAAAGUAUAUAAAAAAAAACAAACUCACACACAGAAAAGGAAACGUCACUGUAAUAAUGUAACAGGAGCAGGGAGAGACCACGUCCGACGAAGGGGAAUACGGCUUUAUUCUAUCCUGUUCUUUCUUACAUUUUUCUAAAGGAAACCUCCGGUGAUUACUAUAAUAGCACAAUUAAUGAGAGAGAUGGACUAUUGGAAGCAUUGGCUUGGGCUAAGAAGCUGCCAGGAGUUUUAAUGUCCGUAAUAUUUUGCUACACGCCACCAUUAGGGUUGCCACCAGGCCGCUAAAAAUGAUGCUUGAUGCCAAUUUCAUUAAUAGUAAAAAACGGCAAGAAUAUAGGAAGGCCGGUAUUUUUUUUCCAGAAAAGGUGGCAACCCUCGCCACCAUAAAAAAGAAAAAGUGUUUGUACCCAUUCUGAACUUCCUGUGAUUGUAAUGUUUCCAUGCUGAAAAACCAAACCGAGGUAGUUCAACAAUACAGAAUAGAAAUCA